CCGCCGCUGCCGGUGCUCGGUGGCGUUCCCCGCUUGGCAGAGUGCAGAAGUGUGAGAAGAUUCAGAGCUAAAGCGUUUCCUGGAAGUCAGUGUGGGGUUCAAAACCCGACUGUUGGCAUUUUGCUGUAUCCUUUAGGCCGGAUAUCGUGCUCUCGUUGCAUGAAGCCUAAUUUAAUUCUCCCCAUUGGACGCUAAGCAUGAAUCCUGUUUUAUCCGGGAGAUAUGAUACAUUUUCCUGCUGUGCUACAAUGUCACUGCACAUUUUUAACAUUGAUGCCUUUAUUACUGCUUGAAUCUCAUUUAACUGGAAAUCCUGUGCAAUUGAGAUCUCCUGUAAUCUCUGCAUGUUGCUCUGUAUUUCUGUGCUCAGUUCAAUUAUCAGACGGGGUCAUUAUUCCACUUCACAGUGCUACCAUAUAGAUCCCUCUGACUACAGAAAUCUGUGGCUAGACAUAAAUUUAGCUAAAGGAAACAGCCCUUUGCCAAAGCUAAUCUCUUUCUUAGGAGAAUCCUACCUAAAACUGAUUUCUGCCCAUGAGGUUAGAAUGCAGGGAGUGAUGGAUAACUCUGAUCUGUGGAUCAGGUAGUAGUUGUGCCAGCAACAGGCUCACACGUCUUUCCAUUCUGCAAUGACGCCUUCUGCAUACUGCUGAGUGGUAUGGGCCCAUGUUGCUAAUAAAGCCUGGAAAUCUGCUUUCUUCUUGGCACAAAAGUAACCAUUGUCCAUUGAGGCGAAGGUUCAGUUUGGUUCCCAUCACUCACUCUCAAGGGAUGUUGCAUGGUUGUUAUUGGGAGACCUUGCAGAGAUCCAAGGAGUAGUAAUUAAGUUCUCAAUGGAGAAACUGCUGUGUCCCAGGUCCCUAGGCCCACACUUCCCAUUGCAUCUCUGUGUGCUCCUGGUCAAUUCUGCUUCAUUUGAGCUGUGUGAUCUGCAGUGUGUUUGCAGUCAUGUGCUCUUCUGCGUCCAAGCUCUGAUAAAUCCUCUUACACUGUCUAUUCUCAGAAGGCUCUUGGGCAGAGGAGGUUUUCCAGGCUGAGAAUCUGGCCACUUCUUGCUAUCUGGUUUGUAUCCUGAGGGCCUGGGUGAAGCACUGCAAGUUCUAUUUCUGUUUUGUGCUCUUGUUCUGCAGAAUGUUCUGUGACAGCAAUAACAUCUUAAUUUUUUCUGGGUUGUGUUCACUGGAGGAGAAGCUCAGCUGAAUGCCUAGAACCCAACAGUCUUAAUAUUUCUACAUCAUCAUCAUUAGAUUUGUGAGCUAAGGAGCAUGAUUUUAAAAUUUCUGGUUUUGCGUCUUAAACACAGAAACCUCUCCCAGAAUCCUCUUUUUUAACUGUUAUUUUGCAACUUGUAGGAGCAGAAUAUUGUAAAUGAAACAAAAUGCUGAAAGACUGGUCAAAUUUUGCUAAGGUAGUGUGAUGUGUUUAGUGUCAGUCCCGUGGUUAGUUUGAUUUGUAGCAGCCCUAUUAGUGUUUUAGGAAUGUGCAGCUUGCAUUGAGGCAGAUGUUUCUGCUGAGGUUCAGUGGGUCUGUGAGUCUUUAUGGCCCUCCAGGUGCCUUGCUGGGUAUUUGCAGAUAGGUAGAAACCCUUUAAAUGGUACUGUGGGGUUUGUUUGUUUUCCCCUUCCCCCCCCCACCCCCCCUUCUUUGUACUUCCUGUCUUGCUUCAGAAAGGAAAAAUCUGCUAUUAACAUAAGUGUUUCAGAUUCCUGGGGUAAAGCCCUGGAUUUUGUGCUGCUAAGUCCUGCUUCAGCUUAGCUGUAAAGGAGAGCCAGCAGCAGGUGCUCCCACAGAGGACAGAGUUCUGCUGCUCUCUGUGGCUCCUGUCGUUUCUUCUUCUGCAGGGGAAGCUGCAGCAUCACAGAACAGCUGGGUCAGAGUAAGCUGAAUCUGUCAGAUAGCUGAAAGAGAGACUGUGGGGUACUUUGUUUUUCCACACAAAUCUAAAUUAUUUUCUGCCCACAGAUUUUUGCCAGUGUUUACAUAAGCAUGUUGAUAAAUUGAAGAACACUUUGUGUUUAAAAUGAAACUUUCUGUUGUUGAUUUGUUGUUUUUCUUUUUUCCAGAAGCGGUUGGCUCUGAAGGGGUCAAACAAAAUGGAAAAAAAGCAGCAGUCAGUCAGAGCUGUAGCCAUGACAGCACUGAUAGAAGCACUCCCAGGCAAAACAAACUCAAGCCUGAAAUAAGAACUGAACAGGUUCGGGCCUCUCGUGUCAUGGCUUCGAACAAGGCCGCAAUCUUAUCAGAACCAAAGUUUGGACUCAGAGAUACUAUUGUUAAAUCUCAGCUUGUACAAAGGGAGGACUCCUACACACACAUCCAGAACUACAGGGUUUUUGUCGGGACAUACAACGUGAACGGUCAGUCUCCCACAGAGAGCCUCCAGCCUUGGCUGAGGUGUGAUGCUGAGCCUCCAGACAUUUACUGCGUGGGUUUCCAGGAGCUCGAUCUGACUAAAGAAGCCUUCUUUUUCAAUGACACACCGAAGGAAGAAGAAUGGUUUAAAGCUGUAACUGAUAGUCUUCACCCAGAUGCCAAAUAUGCAAAGGUGAAACUUGUGCGCCUCGUGGGGAUCAUGCUCCUGUUGUAUGUGAAGGCAGAACUUGCUUUGAACAUCUCUGAGGUGGAAGUUGAGACUGUGGGAACUGGAAUCAUGGGGAGGAUGGGUAACAAAGGUGGUGUUGCCAUCAGGUUUAAAUUCCACAACACCAGCAUGUGCAUUGUGAAUUCUCACCUCGCAGCUCACACGGAGGAAUACGAGCGGAGGAACCAGGACUUCAAAGACAUCUGCUCUCGGAUGCAGUUCUGCCAGUCGGAUCCAAAUUUGCCCCCUCUCACUAUUGGCAAACACGAUGUGAUCCUAUGGUUGGGGGACCUCAACUAUCGUCUGGAGGAACUGGAUGUGGCAAAAGUGAAGCAGCUUGUAGAGGAGAAAGCAUUUCUAGAGCUUUGCCAGUAUGACCAGCUGAAGAGACAAAUGAAGGCAAAUGCAGCCUUUGAAGGCUUCACAGAAGGAGAGAUCUCUUUCCAGCCAACAUACAAGUAUGAUACUGGCUGUGAUGACUGGGACACAAGUGAGAAGUGUCGCGUUCCAGCGUGGUGUGAUCGGAUACUCUGGAAAGGACAGAACAUUGCCCAGCUGAGCUAUCGCAGCCACAUGGCUCUGAAGCUCAGUGACCACAAGCCAGUGAGCUCUGUGUUUGAUAUUGGGGUGAAGGUUGUGAAUGAAGAGCUCUAUCGAAAAGCCUUUGAGGAAAUAGUCCGCUCCCUGGAUAAGCUGGAGAAUGCCAACAUUCCCUCGGUCACCCUGUCCCGCAGAGAGAUCUGUUUUGAGGACGUUAAAUACAUGCAGCUGCAGGUAGAGAGGUUUACAAUCCGCAAUGGCCAAGUGCCCUGCCAGUUCGAAUUUAUCAGCAAACCAGAUGAGGAAACCUACUGCAAGGAGUGGCUGACUGCUAAUCCCAGUAAGGGCUUCUUGCUCUCAGAUGCUGAGAUCACAGUUGAGCUGGAGGUGUUUGUUAAUAAAUCAACAGCUACUCGCUUAAACUCUGGAGAGGAAAAACUUGAAGAUAUCUUAGUCUUGCAUCUUGUCAGAGGGAAGGAUUAUUUUCUAUCCGUAACAGGCAACUAUUUGCCAAGUUGCUUUGGGUCUCCCAUCCAUACACUGUGUUACAUGAGGGAACCAAUCCAGGACAUGUCAGCAGAAUCCAUUCGGAGACUUACCUUGAUGCCAGUAGACAUGAGUGAUGACUCUGCCCAAGCUGAAAAGCCCAUGGACAUCCCAAAAGAGCUGUGGAUGAUGGUGGAUCACUUGAAUCGCAACGCUUCCCAGCAGGAGGACCUGUUUCAGCAGCCAGGCCUCAGAUCUGAAUUUGAGCAAAUCCGAGAUUGUUUGGACAAGGGAAUGUAUGAUACUUUCCUGGGCAGCAACCACUCAGUGGCAGAGGCACUGCUGCUUUUCCUGGAGAGUCUGCCCGAGCCUGUCAUCUGCUGCAGGUUCUACAGCUCCUGUCUGGAGAGUGCCAGCAACUACGGGCUGAGCUGCCAGAUUAUCUCCAAUCUACCAGUGUGCCACAAAAAUGUGUUUAAAUGUCUGAUGGCAUUUCUACGAGAGCUACUGAAGAAUUCAGGGAAAAACCAUUUGGAUGUGAAUAUUCUUGCCAGCGUGUUUGGUGGCUUGUUACUCCGACCUCCUCCUGGACAUCCCACGCCUGACAUAGCUGAGAAGAGGAAAGCUCAGCAAUUUAUCCACCAGUUCCUCGUCAGAGAAGAUGGUUUACCAUGAAUAUCAGAUGCAGUUAAUCUGACUUUUAGACAUUGAAUUAAUGUAAAAAUAUUUUUUGUACAUUAUACCGGCGCUUUUUUUUUGAUAUCACAGUAUUUUAUACAAUCUGUUGCUUCUGAAGCCAGAGCUCAGGCAAUUUCACACCUGAUUAUGCUGUAAAGUCCAUAAAGUUUCCCAAUUAGCUGUAUGUAGGCAAGUUAAAAGAGAGCUGAUAUUUACACUGUAUUUUAUUUAACUUGUUAAAACAACGAGAGUUUUUAAGUCCCUGCUAUUUAAAUAAAAAGAUCUUUCCGC